AUGUUCAGUAGAGUAUUCAGUAGAUUGGGAUUAAUUAAACAGCAUAUAAGGACAAUGUCGACUAAAACUUCUGAAGCCCAGUACUAUACUAAGAAAAUUGCCUCCGCUGUUGGAGAUCCAUCUUUGAGAUUUAACCACACAUGUUUGAGAAUCAAGGAUCCAUCAGCUAGUGUUGAAUUCUACAAAAAGCACUUCAACAUGACUCUGCUUUCUAAGAAGGAUUUCCCUGAUAUGAAGUUCAGUCUUUACUUCUUAGUCAUGACUAAAGAAAAUUUACCAAAGAAUGAGAAGGGUGAGAAUUUAGUCUUUGCCAACCGUGGUAUAUUAGAAUUGACUCACAACUGGGGGACUGAGGCUGAUCCAGAGUACAAGGUUAAUAACGGUAAUGUUGAACCACACCGUGGGUUUGGUCACAUCUGUUUCUCCGUUGCCAAUGUGGAAUCUACUUGCCAAAGAUUGGAAUCUGAAGGUGUUAAAUUCCAAAAGAGAUUAGUCGAUGGUAGACAAAAGAAUAUUGCAUUCGCUCUGGAUCCAGAUGGAUACUGGAUUGAAUUGAUUCAAUACAUCAAUGAAUCUGGUGAAGGGCCAAAGACUGAUUUGGGUAACAGAUUUAACCACACUAUGGUUCGUGUCAAGGAUCCUGUUAAGUCUUUGGAAUUCUACCAAAACGUCCUUGGUAUGACUUUGCACAGGGUUAGUGAGCACGCUAAUGCUAAGUUCACUCUAUACUUUUUGGGCUACGACAUCCCACAGGGUGAUAGCACAGGCUCCGCUGAAACUCUAUUGGAAUUGACUCACAACUGGGGUACUGAGAAUGAUCCUGAUUUCCACUACCAUAACGGUAAUGCUCAACCACAGGGUUAUGGUCACAUUUGUAUCACUUGUAAGGAUCCAGGCGCUUUGUGUGAAGAAAUUGAAAAGAAGUAUAAUGAACAAGUUGUCUGGUCACCAAAAUGGAAUCAUGGUAAGAUGAAGAACUUGGCCUUUAUCAAGGAUCCUGAUGGAUAUUCCAUUGAAAUCGUGCCUGCCGAGCUUGUACUAUAA